UACACAAGGAAUUUAGUGGCGGAGUCCACCCCAAAACAGUGCCAUUUUUAGACGUUUACUGCUGACGUUUACAGAGGCUUCAAAUAGCUUCCGUUUUACACUGGUAGUGAUUGGACCGCGCUGUACUUACCCAGUGAGCUAACACAGUGGUUGAAGUCCGACAUUCUACACUUCAAUGGAGGAACAGCCCAAAGAUCGGGCACAAGAAAGGCAACAUCACCACUACGGAGAGGACAGAAACUCUAUUCAACAUACAACUUGUCAAAAAAAUGAUCAGAGCCACUUCCAGCGCCAGCAUCAGGAAACGCAGACGAAGAAAACAGGUUGGGCCAUCCGGAAAAGCAGUAAAAAAGUAAACAUCAGUGAGGAGGAGGGGGAGAAGAAUCCACAUCUGUCUGAUACGGUUUGUAUGUCGCAUCCCCCCAACAGCAAUGGUAACAGACACACAAGUAAUACAAAUGUGAAGCAGAAGUCAACACAAAAGCUGUACACGACUGUUCCAAAAGUGAGCAGCAAAGGACUGGACCAUAAGAAGACUAUGGACCUUAAAAAUGACAAGGAAAAGGCUGUGGAUUUGAAUCAUCAUGAGGGCCAACCUUUGGAUAAGAAAGACUCUGUGUUGCUUCAAAAUGGCGUUAUAAACUGUGGCUUAAUUACAAAUGGCUAUUCUAGCAAGGACAAUGAUGGCAGCGGCUCCGAAGGUGGAUAUACUACUCCGAAGAAACGCAAGGCCAGAUGUAACAACGCCAAGAACACUGAUAAUGUGAUAAGAGAAAAGGAGAAAGACAUGCAGCAGGGCAACACUACACAGGAGCAUGGGGCUUUUAAUCUUGAGACAACUGAGAAGGGAGUGACUUCCAGACUUGAUGGCUUCAGAGCCGCCCAUAAAGUAGAAGCUCAGUCAGCAGCUAAACGGGCUGUUGUGACAGAGGCUUCAAUGGGUGAAUCUCUGAGGAAAAACUCUGAUGGCAAAACAGUUGGCACCUUUGGUAAAAAGACUGAGGAAAGGCACAAAGCCAAGCUUUCCUCACCUUCAAAAGAGGACUCAUGGACUUUGUUCAAGCCCCCUCCAGUAUUUCCUGUGGACAAUAGCAGUGCUAAAAUUGUUCCCAAGAUCAGUUAUGCAAGUAAAGUAAAAGAGAACCUCAAUAAAGUAGCUCAAGGUGGAGGAGAGGCACUGCCUCCUCCUGUCAGACUGUCACAGGUCCCUAUGUCUGCUAUGAAAACUAUCACCUCAGUUAGCUUUACUAAUGGUCCUGUUUCUGGAAAUGGAAACGGCUGCCCAUCAGUGGGUACCUUCUUUGCUCCUGCUGCUAGUAGUAUUCCAUCAGCCCCAUCUAUCCCAAGUGGCGAGAAUGUAGCAUCUCCUUUGGAAAGUAACUGUAGCUCUACAACAAGUCCUGUAGACGGAGAAGCAUAUGAGCUUAGAAAGUGUACUCUUUUAAUUUAUCCUUUAAAUAUGCAACCUGUGCUCCCUAGCGCUCGUCACCUUGACCCACCGGCUGCUCAGACAAAUCAGAAAGCCUUGGGAGAUAUCUUCCAGAAUCAGUGGGGGCUUUCCUUCAUCAAUGAGCCCAACUUGGGGCCAGAAGGAGGAAGUGGCCAGGUGCCUGUAGAGGACAAGACUACUGUGGUCACACCUCAAAGCGAGUGUCAGGUUGUUGCAGCCAAGGCUGCUCAGCCCUGCUUUGAUGUUAGCCCAUCAUUCUUAGAGCCUGGCACUUUGGCUCAAGACCCUGAGAAAAGGACUUGUGUCCCUUGCAAUGUGUCUAAUGCUUGUUCUCCUGCUUGUGUGAUGAGUGUGGAGGAGAACAAGCUGCAGCCAUGUGGCCAGGAAAAGACAAAAGUUGAGGCCAAGGGUGCAGGUUUUGCUGUGUUGGCCCCCAGUAAAGACAUCGGUGCUAAGCCUGCACAGGGCCAGCUAACCACUUUGUUGUUUGGUUCAUCUAAAGAACAGGCCCACUCUAAAGACAUUGGCAGAAGGUGUAGCUGGGGGUCCUUUGAUGUUAAAGCUGCUGUCACUUAUCACACUAAAGAAAUGGAAUCCAUUUUCAACUUGCAAAAACAAGAUCCAAAAAUAGUAGUGGUUUAUGAUGAGACCAAGGAUGGACCUGACCAGUGAGGUAGAUCGUCUACAGUACUUACCUUCUUCUCUUCUGGGUGCUGCAGUUAUCUACCUUGGAAAUCAUAAAUCCUGUUGGACAGAUAAAGUGACAACUGUGAAAACAUUGAUAGUUUAGCAUGACAGAUUUUCCUUGGAAUCUCGGGUGGAAUAACAGACUUCUUUGGGGGCAUCAGACAAACGCACACACAUACUCUGGAGGGAUGUUAAAGGAGUUGAUUGGUGCCUCUCCAAUAGACACGUACAACUUUUGAGCUGCGAUAGUCGUUUGUCUCAUGACUCUUUUGGAUGAUGUUUGGGAGUUCAACAAAGGAAGGUGUCGUGUAUUGCACCUCCCUAAGCCUUUAUCCUGUUGAACUGCGGCAGCCGUAAGUCUGACUAUGGGAUGCCUCAGUCAUUUUCUUUCUUCACGCAUUCAAAUGAGUUCAUUGUAGAUAUGUUAGACAUUAUACAUACACAUCUGUGUGCAAGCUUGAAUUAAUCGUGGAAGAAAGGAGAACACACUUUGCAAAGAAUGCCUUGAAGUUGUUGAAUAAAGAUCUGUUAAACUGUAAGUUAAGUGGAAUCUCGUAGGUGAGGCCCCAUCCAGGAAGGGAGAACCUUGUCUUAAAUCAGAGCCCAGAAAUGAAAUGCUUGCUUUUCUUUUAUACUGUUUUUGUCUGACCUAACAUGAGUGUUAUCUGCACUGCAGUAUGAUCCCAGAGCACAGGUACAGAAAUGCCUAAUUUGAAGGAAAGCUACUGUACGCCCCUUCAUGUAAUUGUUUAUUACAGAUGUGCUUAAAAAUGUUUUAAUCAGGUCUCCGUUAAAGGCAAAACCUUUUUAAUCUUAAAGCUUUUCAUACGUGUCAUGCGGAUUGUUAUGAGGUCAGCACAGACAAUUCUUAAAUUCAGAUUUGUAUACCUUCUAAUAUGUGAAUCCUGAGUUUAGGAAUGAACUGAGUGACACUGCUAAGCAAGAGACAUUGCAACCAAUAAGGUCUUCUGCGUUUUGUGCUAUUUGUUCAGCAGCAAGACUCAGGAAGUCCAUACAGAUUAUUUUGCCUGCUUUUCUGUCUUUGUAAAAACAGUUCAAUUCUUCUUGUCAAAGGAACAUGUGUUGCAUUUUAUGACUUAGAUUUUUUGUUUUUUUCUGACUCAGUGUUUGAUCUUUCCUUUUCUGUCUUAUGGCAUUGUAUUUCUUGCAUGUUUACUUGUGGAAAUGAAUGAGUCAGAGGUCGCUCGUCAUAGCCACACAAAGAUAACAGUAACAACAACAAUUGCAAUACUAAUCUAGGUUCCCCCGACUAGCCACUUUCUCAAACUGUGUUGAAAUGUGAAGAUGAGUUGUACUAUUAUGUUUUACUGUGGAUAACAUUUUACAAUUGCAAAGCAGUGUGCAAUAACACCGUGUGAUCCACACAAUGUGUGAAAUGGGUUAUAUGGAGCUACAAAAUCAUCACCCAAGAUGCUGGUGUGGCCUGCAGUUCAUUUGUUUGUUCAAAAUGUUUAAGGUGCGUUUUCAAUUUGUUGCACAAAUGCUUAAGUGAUUUUUGCAAAAGAGCUCAUGUUGAAAGAUUGAAUUAAGUCUAGGGAGCCCAAAUUUGCUAACUGGCCAGCUGUGACAUCACUUUCAUCACCAUCUCCAAAUCAGGAUUGGUUUAUUCAACAUAACGAAGGAACUGUCCAGGUUUCUUUUCUCUAGAUAUGAUUUGGUUAAUGUGUGGAUUAAUAGCACUUUAUGUAAACUAAUUGCUUUUAUCUUUUAAUUGCUAGAGAGAUCUAUAUGUACUGACAAAAAAUACUCAUUGAAAGAAUGGCUCUGGGCUGUUACUUUUCAGAAAAAAAACCAAGUUGAUGAAUACAGAAUUAUUAAAUGUAACUCAGGUAGUGUUGAUAAAGCCAUGACUAUGUUGAAUAUUGUUUUUGCCAAAUGGCCUCCUCUCAUGUCAUGUUCUCAAAUUGGAAAUGUUGAAUUGGAGUCCUAUCAUAUGAUGUUGUGACAAAACACCAAAUAGUUACUUGAGGAAAAGUGUCAUGGCAUGCAUGGUGCUGUCAUUGAUCAUUUUGGGCUCUAAAAAUAGAAGUUGACCUGUUAACUUUCCCCCUUUUAAAAAAACAAAAAAAACAACAAAAAAAGCACAUUGCUCCAUGCUCCAUUUUCUAUGUAUACUAGACUGUAAUCUUGCAAUCUUUGAUGGUUGAUUUUCUCCCUCAUGUGUUCAUAGUGAAGCACCUCUUGAUGUAUUAUUGCUGAACAUCAGUGGUGUUUCUGUGAGGUAGCUACAAUCUGGGUAGGAGCUUUCAAGUACACUUCUUUUCACUGUGUCCUGAUUAGGCAGCACUGCAGCUUGUACUGUGUGCAGAGAGGGAAAGUCGUAACUGCAGCCAGUUGUCUUGACAUUUAACUUCCAUGCCUAAUCUCAGUCAGCUCUCUGGUAUUUAAAAUGCUUUGUUGUUUUUUUGGCUUCCAUUGUACAGCGCGUGAUGGAUGAGCGUAGCAUCAGAUAAUGCCCUCCGAAUAAGAAUUGUAUCGGAGCUGGUCAAUGAGGAAGCAAGGGUGUUUGAGGAGAUAUUGUCCAUUAGCAUUUAGACUUAUGUUUUUCUGUACUUGUGGAAAGUGACAUUUAAUCUGUCAUAAAGUUACACAAAACUCGCAAUUUAAUUUCUUCCGAUUGCUCGUAAUCCAUAGACAAAGUGACAUAAUCAGGUUCCCAUAUGGUAAAUGCCAAAUUGUUCAAAGCAUUAUCAGUGGGGCAUCUAUAGGCUUCUAAAUGUAAAACAGGGUGAUCAAAAUGAGUAGUAUGUGACGUUACUGUAGUCUUACGACUUUUUUUCUUUAUUAAAUAAUUAUUUUAGUCUUUUUUUUUUUCCCUUUUUUUUUUUUUUGAGAGGAUGGUCCUGUACAGGGAAAUUAGAGAAUCUCCCAUCCUCCCACCCCGAGGGUCCUCUUUUUCAAGCACUUAAUACAGCAAAAAGGCUAUGUUGAAUAUGCAUUUAUAAAAAUAGAACUAUUAUUUAGCAUUGUAGCCUGCAAACCAAAAACAGGUUCUUGAAGCUGAGUAGAUGGUUAAUCAGUGAUUUUGGGGGGGGGGGUUAAGUGACUGACAGUUGGUGUGUUGAGAAAGAAAAGCCUGAUCAUGUGGAGUUUAUAUUUUCACCCCCUCAGGAUGUGCAAUCACCUCAAGGACGAUGAUGCAGGCUUCCAGGUGACGAGUUUGGCCUCGUUGUUUUGUGGGCGCGUGCAUAGCGAGUUCUUCCUAUUAUAUGCAAGUUCCUCGUAUAUUUCAAAAUCCCCCCCUGUUGUUUCAUGUUCAGGUGCCUGUGUGAAAAAAUAUACUUUUACAGCAAUUUUGAUUGUUUAAAUCUGCUUCCAGCAUAUAUCCGUGCCAUUUUGUCUCUUUUUUUUUUUUUUUUUUUUUUGUAACAUUUGCAACGCUGUUUAAGUUUUCUUACAGCUAAUCCUACUUUCUUCUUUUAUGCGACAUGGACGCAGCUGAAAGCAUUGAGCAUUUUGAGCAUUUUAUGUGUUUUGAAAUUUUCAUGGCUUGUGUUCAGAUUUGUGUGACCUAAAGCCAAAAUCAGUUUGAAUGGGACGGAUGAAAAACUCUUGCUGGUGUAUAUUCAUGCCAGUCCAUUGUCAAGUUAAUGUCUGAAGUAGCACAUAAUUGAACUGAUGUAACAAAUUAAUGUUUUAACAUAUGUUUUAAAAACUUAUUUUUUGAGUUAUAACCCAGUUUAUCCAUAGUUGCACAAGUAGGAUGAGACUAAAAUGAAUAAAUGAAACAGAAAAUCAAGAUGUCUCAUUUUUGAUGAGUUUUAGAUGAUUUAGUUACUGAUUAAGGCUGAUGUAGACCUAUUUUCCUCCAAUAGCACCAAUGUUAAUAUAUUUGAAGUUACUCUUUUCCAGCAGAUUUUAUACAAAUUACUUUAAUUCAUUUCUUCAAAUAGUUGUAAUGGAGUGCUGAGCAUUGAAACAUACUGCAUCCCAGAGUUCCUCUUAAUAUAUUUUUUAUUUGUAGUGAUGUUGAUCAUGUUGUGAGGGGGAGUGUGGUGUUAAUGUGCGGUUCAACAACUCUGAUUCUGCUUUCGCCAAAGGUACACUACUCAGAUAAAAAUUCAGCUACUGAAUGGCAAACACACAGACGGGGGACGUUGAUGUCAUAACCAGCUUCCAGCUCGGUUUGGAGGAGUUUUUAGGGAAGACACUACUGUAGCAGCUGAAUGUCACUUUGAGCGUGUUAUUAUACGGUGGGAGAGAGGAGAAAUCUUAAAAGAAAACAAAUACCGAAAGUGCUGCUUCUUCAUCCAGUAAUCAAUCGUCUGUAAUGGGAAAUGCAGGACUUGGUGUUUGUGCUCAACUUAAAAACUGUCCCUCCUUUUUAACUGUCAUUGCCUCUUCUGGAAAUGUUUUGAUUUAGGGGGCUUUUUUUUUUUUUUUUUUAUUCAAUGACACCUGAGUGCUACAGUGUUUAUGAGGGGGGUGAAGUAAACAAGGGCAACACGUGUCUUUACAGGAUUCAGUCAUGGAAAAAGGUGAUAUGUUGUGCCGAGUCAUCUUUUUGUUUGUAUCAUCUCAAAUGGCUGUUGUGCUUGUUGAUGCUUUUAUUGUUUUUGUUUUUUGGUCUGCUCCUCCUUGUUUCACUUUUACAUCUCUUACCCCCAAAAAAAAAAAAAAAGAGGCAAUAGCAUUUCUUCAUAAGUGAGCAGUCAGAUUAUUAAAUUUGUUUUGAGAACAGAAAUGUCACAUUACAAUGUUUUUUUUUUUUUUUAAAGCAUGAUAACAACCCUCAAAUUCCAAACAAUGUAAUCGAGUCAAUAAAAAAAAAAAAAACCUCCAGUGUUCACAAUUUUAGUUUCCAUUAAAAUGUUGAAUUUUCAUGAAGAA